AUGGCAGCCGGCAUCCCGCCCUCAUCAGCCCCACAGCUGCGCCAAUCACAGGCAAGUCAGAGAAUAAAUGCGCAGUGGCUCCUGUGGCCGCUCGUCGCAGCUGCGGAGCAAUGGUGCUCAGUGCGCCAAUGUGUGCGGAACCUCCGAGGAACACAUGAAAUGCCCGGGAAUAUGAGCAAAAAGGAUGUCCCGUGCAGGAGCGCCUUCACUAUUGACAACAUUCUGAACCUGAAAAAAAACGGUGCGCACUCUGAGGAAAUAGCGCAAAGUGGGCGGAAAAGCGAGUGGGAAUUCCGGAGGACGCCGCAAGAGACAGCGCAGAACAAGCCGGAGAGCGCAGCGCCGCCGCGUGCCGGUGCGCAACCAGGCGCGCGUGGCGCCGCGGAGGACGCGUCCGAGCCGCUGCAGCGGCGGAGCGGCAGCAGCAGCUCCGCGGACAGCAGAGACGCCGUCAAGAAGAAGACGAGGACCAUCUUCUCCAAGAGGCAGAUCUUCCAGCUGGAGGCCACCUUCGACGUGAAACGCUACCUGAGCAGCUCGGAGCGCGCGCGCCUGGCCGGCACCCUGCAGCUCACCGAGACGCAGGUGAAGAUCUGGUUCCAGAACCGCCGCAACAAGCUGAAGAGGCAGCUGGCAGCGGACACGGAGGCCCCGCUGCUCACCGAUCACUUCCCCGAGGUGGGAAAUAAUGCGCAGUUAGCCACUUUUUACAAAGACAGCAGCGGAUCCAGCAGCAGCAGCAGCGUGCUGGGCGGGUGUUUGAUACCCGUGCACUUCCCAGUGCUGUACCCGAACCCAGCCACCGCGCCUUACGUCUAUUUCAACAAAUGUUUGGGCCUGUUCGACACAGACUGAUGAUUCCUCCUCGUCGA